AUGUCUAGUCCAAACGAAACUUCUGGACCUAAGGGUGAUCGCACACCUGCAGAUAAGGGUGAUCGCACAUCUGCGGACCCUUCGGAUACAAAAUCACAAAGUCAAACUGCAGUCUCGCUUUGCUCGCUUAAUACUAGUAUACCAAUGCGCACAACCGUUUUGCUGGCAACUGCGUGCGUCCGCGUUUUAGACUCACGUGGGACAGAAAACACUCUCAAAUGUCUUAUUGACAAUGCAUCGCAACACAACUAUAUAACAAAUGAUUGUGUCAAACGCUUAAAUUUACAUAUAGAGAACCUGACACAUCCCGCGUCUGUGAACGGGUUUGGGGGUACCUCUAGCAAAAUUAAGGGUAUAAGUCGCAUAACAAUAUUUUCACGCUUUAAUAAUAAAUCAUAUUCGCUCACGCCGUUGAUUGUUGACAAAAUCACAGAUCACUUACCUACAUCGCCAGUAGAAAGGUCGCUGCUCAAUUAUUUAGAGAGAGUACCACUCGCAGACAAUACCUAUCACCUUCCAAGUAAGGUUGAUAUGAUUUUAGGCGCGCAAAUGUUUACGCAAAUUCUGCUAUCAGGCCGCGUUGCGGCUCCGCCUGGUAUGCCUCACGCUUUACAAACCACGCUUGGAUAUAUUUUAAUGGGCACAGCCCCGCUAACGCAAUCAGUUUCCCCUUCGCAAACGCAAACGCUGUGUGCUAUUACUAAUGAACGCUUAGAUAAUUCUUUACGCAAUUUUUUUGAAUUGGAGGAUGUACCUUCCCCUAAGAGUAAUUUCCUUAGCACGGAAGAACAAGAAUGCGAAGAUAUUUAUAAAAAUACGACAGAACGCGAUUCUCACGGUCGAUAUAUCGUAGCUUUGCCGUUUAAGUCCGACCCUAGUGUGUUGGGUAACGCUUCGCUAAACGCAGAAAAACGCUUUAAUUAUUUAGAACGCAAAUUAGAAAAAUCACCUUCUUUACGCGACGCUUAUAAUAACAUUAUUGAUGAAUAUCUGGAGAAAGACUACUUGAGUCCAGUAACGCAAACUUGCUCUGACGUACAAUACGUUAUUCCGCACCACGGUGUUCAACGCGACGAUAAAGUUUCUACUAAAGUCAGAAUCGUUCUGGAUGCUUCUGCCGUUGAAAAUGACACAAGCUUAAACUCGCUAUUACAUAAAGGUCCUAAUUUACAAUCGGAUUUAUUUAUGCUAUUACUAAAUUUUCGCUUAUUUAAAAUUGCUAUUUGUGCAGACAUCAAACAGAUGUAUUUACAAUUAAAAGUUCAUCCAGAAUUUUAUAAAUUUCAAAGAAUUUUUUAUCGCUUUUGCAAAGAUAAUCCUUUGCAAUUAUUUGAAUUUAAACGCGUAUGCUUUGGCCUCGCUUCAAGUCCCUUUCUUGCGCUUCGCACAUUAAAGCAGUUAGCUGAAGAUGAAGGCAAAAAAUACCCUUUAGCUGCUGCCGUAAUAAAUGCAGGUCAAUUUUACAUGGAUGACGUCAUAUGUUCAACGCACACCGUAGAAGACGCAAUUGAGUUGGCCGACCAAUUAUCGGAAAUGUUCGCAGCGGGUUGCUUCGAUUUAUUAAAAUGGUCGAGCAAUUCAUCGCAAUUUCUUGAACAUUAUCCUAAAGAACUUUUGCACCCUUCGCUUGCUAUUAGUUUUGAACCCGAAUCUAGUCAGAAGGUUUUAGGGGUUAAGUGGGAACCUCAUAAAGAUUUGUUUACCUUUGACUUUGCACCUAAAGAAAUGAAAUGCACUAAACGCAACAUGUUGUCGGUCAUUGCUCAGUUAUUUGACGUUCUCGGAUUUGUAGCACCUGUAAUAUUAUUCGCAAAAUUACUAAUUAAAGAGCUUUGGCUUUUGAAAAUUGACUGGGACGAGGAGCCUCCCGCACAUAUUGCACAAACUUGGCUAAAAUUCUAA